AUGGCUUUGACGAUAGGCUCAGUUCACCAUGGAAAAGGCAUUCCCAAGAACGUUGCACAGCUGGUGCAGGAUGCCUCGAAUUACGAGUUCAAUGCGCUCGUACCACUUAAAUACUGGCUCAACACGGCAAGCAACAUGAUUAAACAGGCGCAUGUAUACCUGCGCGAAGGAGAUGACGAGAUGGCAUAUUUCCUCCUCUUCCGACACGCCCAUCUGUUCCUCUCCAACUUGUCAACUCAUCCUCAAGUUAAACCCAACGAUCCUCUUAUGCAAGCAGCUCAGGAUGAGGUCAAGAAGAACUUGAAAGCGCUCGAAUCGCUCAAGCCAAUAAUCAACCGCAGGUACGAGGAAUACGUUCAAGCAAACCAGUCCAAAGCUCGACACCGAGAAGAGGAUGCUGCACGAAGAAGAGUUGAUCAAGGACAGCCAUCUCCAAGCGGCCACGAACCUGCUGGUCAGAGUAGCCAUGGAAGGUUGAGCGGACAUGAUAACACAGACUUGGCUGCUCGCCUUGCAGGAUUGGAAUUCUCGAAAAGAGGCCCAAGCAGGCGUGUCUAUCCAACUGGCUCCUCUAUGCCCAAAGACCGCGAUGAUCUUGCAGCUCAGAUGGAGGCAGUCCGAAAACGGUUCGAAUCAGAAACGGAUCAACCAUCGGAUGACUACAAACAGCAGAGGCAAGCAUACAUAGCAAAUAAUGUUGGCUAUAGCUACCCUACAAUACCGUCGCAGAAACCGCAGAAACCGCAGCAAGCUCAAAGACAAGUGCUGGAACUUAUCCCGUCAUACUCUCGGUAUACUUCUGAACUGGCACAGCCACCUAUCCUUCCUCCAAAAUCCAGGAUCGAGAGCAAUGUCAGGGCCUCGGUCCUGCCAUCAAGACCAGAGAAGGCACCCGCAGCACCAGUGCCUAGCAAAAAGACAGCAACGGGGUCGAGUUAUACGUUUGCACCUGGAGCCUACCUGGAAAACGGUACAGCUUUAAGGACAAUCUUCUUACCUUCGACCCUACGUACGACCUUUUUGCGACUCGCCUAUCAAAACACGCUCAAAAAUGUUGAGACUUGUGGCUUCUUGGCUGGCACAUUACGAGCCAAUGCCCUGUUUGUUGGCACCCUGAUAAUACCGAAGCAGACUGCGACUUCUGACACUUGCGAGAUGACGGACGAGUCUGAGCUAUUUGACUACGUUGAUCAACAUGACCUGAUGGUACUCGGGUGGAUACACACACAUCCAACACAGACAUGUUUUAUGAGCAGUAGGGACUUACAUACACAUUCGGGCUACCAGAUGAUGCUGGCCGAAAGUAUAGCCAUUGUUUGUGCACCGAGCAAGGGCGAUACAAGUCGUGGCGGCGAGUGGGGCGCCUAUCGACUUACCGAUCCGCCAGGUAAAAUGGCCAUUCUGAAAUGUGACAAACCUGGCAUCUUCCAUCCUCACGAUGUUGAUAACAUAUACACAGAUGCCAUGAAGCCAGGACACGUGAUGGAAAUUUCGGAUAUGGAUUUCGAGAUUGUCGAUCUGCGUAGAUAG